UUGAUAGAAGCAAAGUGUAUUUCUGAGCAAGAAAAAGAAAUAAUAGGAAUAACUUUAAAAACUUAUCCGCUAAGUUCUUUGAAUUUACUAAUUCAGAAAGCAGUUUCUCUCACUUUUUUAACUUGUUCUAUAAGGUUUCUGUUGCUAUCCUAUCAAGUUUUUGGGUUUUUAGAGCCGAUCGCCAUGGAUGGAUUAGGAGCUUGGAGGUCGCUAUCUGCCCAAUCCGAUUCCGAUGAAGAGAUGGAUCUUUACGUGAAGAUUAUGAAAACAGUGCCUUUAAAAUUAAAGGGAUCUGAGACAAUUAAAAGUCUAAAAGCACUGAUAAAUGAGAAGGAAGGGAUCCGUGAAAAGAAUCAGGAUCUAUUCUUUGAUGGCAAUUUGCUCAGUGAUGAUCAAAGGCUAGGCGAUUGUGGUAUUCAAAGGAACUCUACUCUCCAUCUAAUUGUCCAGAAUUAUGUUGUAAUCACGGUAUAUGUCAAAAUGCCAAAUAAUGAGGGAAUUAUCAAGUUGGAAGCAAGAGCUUUUGAUUCUAUCUGCAACAUCAAAUCAAUGAUUCAGGUAAAGAAGGGGAUUCUGUCUGAUACAUUCACUCUUGUCUAUGGCGGACAUGUACUGGAAGAUGAUAGGACUUUGGCCUCUCUUAAUAUAAGGAACAAUUCAACAAUAAAUUUGGUUUUUUGUCAGAAAGAGGUUCUAUCCGUAUUUGUGAAAGUACCAAGCAAAAAUAUCAUACAACUCUCAGUUAAAGUCAUGUUCACAGUUAAUGACAUCAAAGCAAUUCUUGGGAGCGUGAUUGGGAACUCGGACAGCAAUAAUUGGUAUUUGCUUUAUGCAGGAAAAUUGCUUGAGGAUUCGAAAACCCUGGCCUUUUACGACAUCAAAGAAGAAUCCCUCUUAGAGUUUUCCCCAACUAAUAUGCAGAUAUUUGUUAGGACUUGGAUGGGGAAAACUCUGACCCUUAAUGUGAGGGGAAGUUAUACUGUGAAAGAUAUCAAAGCCAAUGUAUUUCAGAAAUUGAAGAUCCCCAUUCAUCUUCAGAGUAUAGUGUAUGCUGGAAAACGGCUUGAGGAUAACAACGAUCUAGCAAGUUACAGAAUCCAGAGGCAUUCUACUCUCCAUAUGGUUUUUGCUCCCUCAUCAAAAUUUGUUAAAAUGCGGUUAAGUAGUUUCGGCCCCAAUUUACCAGCUACAACUGAUAUCCGUAGUUUGAAGGUUUUGAUCCAAGAGAAAAUCCCUGAGGUGAAGGAAGUAUUGUUCAAGGGAAAGCCAUUGCAAGAUGAGCAUACACUAGGUCAUUACAAGAUUUGGAAGGAUGCAGAACUGGACGUUGUUUUUUAGCGUUUAUAAAAAAUCCUGUUAUGAUAUCUAUCUGUCUGAUAAGCAUAAGUAUUAGGAGUGACCUUUUUGUCUGUUUGGGUCAAGCGAGGGCGAGGCAGAUGUAAGGACUUGAAGCUCUGAUUUUCGUACACUACGGAGAAAGCAUCCAACCGGUUCUGGAAAAAUAUUUUUGUUUUGAUUGUUGGAUGCUAGUCUGCUUCAUUUAUAUAUAGAAUUUUGUGUUUGUUAAUUAACCCCA